AUGGUUGGCAAGGUCUCCUCGCAGUUCUGCUCGGAAAAAAUCGCACCUCAUCAGCCGCGAAACUCGACUCCUUUCAAGAUAACGACAUGCCUGAGGAAGGGUCAAGUCAUCACUUUUCGCGGAUAUUCGUCGCUUUUUUGAGUUCAAAAGUUUAAUCAAGCAGCUUUCACGGUUCAGUAUGGGUUUUUGAUCAAAAAAGGCUCGACACAUGGGAACUUUUGUGAAUUUCAAGUUCUAUGCUCAAUUUGAAGCUCAAAAUCAGGGUCGUAGUUUGAAUUUUAUAGCUGAUUCACGGCUGGCUUGAGCCAUCGAGAAAAGGGUCCUGCCACGAAAAGAGACGAGACAGUGCCCUGGUUGGUGGAGAGUGCAGACAGGCCACGCCUUUUUGCGUCCCAAGCUAGCCGUGAAUCGUCUAUAACUAAUUUUCCACACUAUGCGGGUAAAAGAAAUGAAUUUUCAAAUAGUCGAGCCAAAAAAUUUGGCUCAAAGCUCAAUACUUUCUAGACUUGCGCGGUAAUGUAAGCUCUUCAUUAUCAAGUCCAUUUCAACCACCAUUUUCCCAGGACGAAACUUCUGAGAAGGAGAGCCGCCGUCGACCACAUCCAGCUCCUGAAGCUGAUCCAGCUCCACGUCGAAUGGUCCUGAUGGCCCAUGAUCCACUCCGCUGGCGCUACCGGACCCCUCCACGCCGUCAGGACCAGGACGAGGAUGUCGAGGACGACGAGGAGGAAGCAGAAGUGGAAAGAGAGUCGAUCUCUGGUGGAUCGGUAGGAAUUCAAGAAUAGCACCUUCUCAAGACCAGACCAGAAGCUCCAAGCCUCACAGAAUUGCUAGAGAGCUUUGAUCUUUCUAUUGGUCCGUCAACCUUUAUCAUCGUUAUCACCAUUCAGGACUCUGGCGCGCAAGAGGAGGAAGAGGAGGCGAGGCCUGUGCGAGCUGCUCCAGCUCCUCUCCGUCGGUUCUCCAGACCUCUCUUAAUCAGCCAUGAUCCGAUGCGCGUCUACUACCGCGGAAAGCAGUGA